GCCUAUGGCGUAGAUAACGGCGAUAACAGCACAAAGCGCGGCACGACGCUUGUUGUUUGAAAAUGGCGGCGGACGAAGACAUGGAGCUUCGAGACUUGCUGCUCGAAACACUUGAAAAUAAAGGGGUCAUCAACCGAAUAAAGGCUGAGCUGCGGGCCAGCGUGUACCUGGCCCUCGACGAACAGGAUGGCAUCAAGCCUUUCGAGAAGCCGGCUCACGAGUCGAGUCUCCUUGCCACGGAGGAGGGUCGGCUGGCGGCCUCACUUGUGCACGACUUCCUGCUCUCCUGCAACCUCAAGUUCACCCUCAGUGUCCUGGAACCUGAGGCACCGCUGGCGGAGCCGCUCAGCCGAGGGGAGCUGUGCAGUCGACUUGGGCUGGAGCAGCGGGAGGGUCCAUUGCUCUUGCAGCUGCUUCAUCCCGUACACCCACCAGCAACGUCGGAGAGUCCCGAAGCAAGCAAUGCCAAAGUCAGGCAGCCUGAACCAGUGUCGCAGGACAAGGCUGCUGACACCGUUCCAGCAAAGGACGAGCCGCCAGAGGUUGCACUAGGUGGCGCUUCCCGUGGAGGCAGCCGCCUUCCUCCUCUCUCGGGUCCCAAGGUACUCCCCAGUCUAGAAACACAAGUGCCUCAUCCUGAAGCAGAGUCCCAUUCGCUGCAGAGUACGGCCUCCCGGAAAACUGACCACAGUGGCUCGGAGGAGAGCGUCGAGGAGGAGCUCUCUCGCAUGGAUGACAGCAGCCUGUCCACCACGGCUGAUGAUCGCACAUUCGAUCUGACAGUUUCCCGGGCAAGCGACGUGGAGGGCUGCGACUACGCUGAGCCAGCCCACUGACGGCGCUGGUUGGGACUGCUGUUUGCUGGCCAGAGAGCAGUGUUUGGUCCUCACGGGUUGCAUCCAAGUUUCAUGCUUUCUCUCACAAGCACCACAAAAACUCUUUAGUAGGAACGUAUGUAAUCUGUGUUGUGUUCAGAAAAAGUUGCAAGAUUUCACACAAUCGUCUUACAUCACUAGGACUUUCGUCAACUGACCAAUUGCGUUGGCACCAACCUGUUUGUGUCUGCACCAUUUGAAGAAGCUGCUUGUGGUUGAAGCUGGUGCUGAUUAAAUAGUUCCAACUUAUUG